AUGUCCGGAUGUGGCGCCAAUCACAAGACCGGCGGGCCAGAACCCGUCGGAAGUGGUCGAAUUCCCUACUGGCGGCUCAUCGUCGACCAGACGGGUAUAACGCCAGCCGUUACCAACUACAACUACCCAGGUUCCGGCACGCAAGACGACCCGAAUCCCAUGGAAUUCAGCCGCCGCAGGAAAUGGUUCAUGACCCUUGUCAUGGCCAUCGCUACCCUGGCCGUCGCCCUCCUCUCCUCGGCGUACACAGGCGGCAUCAUCGAGAUCAUUCAAGAAUUCCAAAUAGGACAAACCGUGGCAACCCUAGGCGUAUCGCUGUUCGUGCUCGGUUUCGCCGUCGGGCCCCUCCUCUGGGCUCCCCUGAGCGAGCUGUUCGGCCGCCAGGUCCUGUUUUUCGGCACCUACGCCGCCAUGACGGCCUUCAACGCCGGGUGCGCGGGAGCCCAGAACGCCCAAACCCUGAUCAUCCUCCGUUUCUUCUCCGGUGCCUUCGGGUCGUCGCCGCUGACCAACGCCGGCGGCGUCAUCGCCGACAUCUUCCCGGCGUCGGAACGAGGCCUCGCCAUGGCUCUGUUCGCCGUCGCCCCCUUCCUGGGUCCCGUACUCGGCCCCAUCAUCGGCGGGUUCCUGGGCAUGAACGCCGGCUGGCGCUGGGUUAUGGGUUUCCUGGCCGCCUUCUCCGGUGCCGUCUGGAUCCUGGGAACCCUGUUCGUCCCCGAGACGUACGCCCCCGUUCUCCUGCGCAGACGGGCCGAUAAGCUAUCGAAGAUGACGGGCAAGUGCUACGUGAGCCGGAUCGACCACGAGAGCGGGAGGAUCACGCUCUCCGAGUCGUUCAAGGCCGCCUUGUCGCGUCCCUGGGCGCUCCUCUUCAAGGAACCCAUCGUCCUGCUGCUGUCCCUCUACAUGGCGAUCGUCUACGGGACGCUGUACAUGCUCUUCGCCACCUUCCCCAUCGUCUACCAGCACAACCGGGGCUGGAACCAGGGCAUCGGCGGCCUGGCCUUCCUCGGGAUCAUGGUGGGGAUGCUGUUCGCCAUGGCGCUCGCCAUCACGGGGAACAAGCGCUUCGCCAAGAUCGCGGAGCAGCACGGCGGGUUCGCGCCCCCGGAAACCCGCCUCCCGGCUGCCAUGAUCGGCUCCAUCGCCAUGCCCGUCGGCCUCUUCUGGUUCGCGUGGACGAACGGCGCUUCGGUCCACUGGAUGGCCAGCGUCGCGGCCGGCGUGCCGUUCGGGUUCGGCAUGGUCCUGGUCUUCCUGAGUCUGAUGAACUACCUCGUCGACGCCUACACCAUUUUCGCCGCCUCGGUGCUUGCUGCCAGCUCGGUGAUCCGCUCCCUGUUCGGCACGGCCUUCCCGCUGUUCACCAACUACAUGUACGACGACCUGGGCAUCCACUGGGCGUCGUCGAUCCCUGCGUUUCUGGCCCUCGCCUGCGUGCCGUUCCCGUUCCUUUUCUACAAGUAUGGCGCUGCCAUCCGGGCGCGGUGCAAGUUCGCCUCCCAGUCGGAUGCGUUUAUGAGGAAGCUUCACAAUGCGCAGCAGGUGGAAAAGGAGCAGGAGUUGGAACCGUGGCGGCCGAGUGUGGAGCCGAUCGUUGGUGAGGGGCAGUCGGACUCGGACACGCAGGCGGGGAGUGAGGCGGAUGUUGAGCCCAUCCGGGCGGCGCGUACCCGGUCCAGAGCGUCCACUCGUCGUAGGACUUCGGCGAUAUAUGAAGGGAAUCCGUUUGAUAUUGAUCGGGUCCACACGCGGCAGUCAUUCGGGAAGUAAGAGGACUGUAACCUGGGGUCCUGGACUGUCAACCGAGUCCAUCCAUCGUUUUAUUUUCCGUUUUCCCUUUUGUUUGUUUUCUUUAACCCAG